AUGGGCAAGAACCAACCAAAGAAUAAUAGAGUUGAGGAUGCUGACCAUAUCCCUACCUCUACACGUCCCAGACGUGGCAUUUUGGCACUAGUCUACCUACCAAACCAAACGGCACAUCCAACACGCAGCACCACCAGGAAGCAUACCCAAGAGGCUGUUGGUAGCAUAGAGAGCACAUUAGAGUCCUUUAAUCUACCGCGGGUCACUUUGAAAGUCCAGAGUGCCUCCGCAGGGGCAAAAAAGUCAAAUAUAGAGGAUAAUCAUCAAGUUGGACCACCAAAGAAUGAAGAUAUCCACCCAAAGUCUGCAUUUCCAGGAGUAUCUGCAAACAAGCAAACCUGCAUCAAACCUUUAACAGCAGAGCAUGACUGGAACAAAGUCGAAAGAUCAAUAUCAGGAGAUAUACUUAAUAGUGACGCAGAAAGUGCAGUACUUCCAGCAUUAAACCUUGAAGAUUCAGAGGAAGUGGAAGAACUAUCGUCUGGCUCUUACUCCAACAAUGAGGUGGGGAGCGAUGCACCAGAUGAUCACUAUGCAACUGGAAGCGAGUCAGAUCUUGAUGCAAUCCGAGAGAGGUUUGCCAAAUGCCGUCUAGUGGAGACCAACGUCAAUGGGGUAGUGGUCAUGCAUGCUAGCCCUAUGCCCAAGGCCACAGUGGGGAAGCGAAAGGGAAAGAAGGAAGGGAAUCCAGUUGCGAAGCAGGCUGAUGAGGAUAAAUCUGAGCAGAGAGCAAGCGCCUGGAGCUUUGAUGAAUUUGGUGAUGUCUGCCAGAAUGUUGCAGAUGUGCUUUGCUGUGGGGUGCAGGGGCUCACCCUCAGCUACAAGAUUGAGGUUGAUAAGCAGCAAAAGAAAUGGCAUAAAUUAGAUGACAAGAUGGAUUGGGAAGAUAUUGUCACCUUUGGGACAAAGUAUCGUCUUGAACAGGCUCAAAAGAAAAGAGAUGUUGAUGUAUGGUGUGUCUCAAUCAAGGAUGCCAGCAUCAGUAGUGCUGCAAAGGGAAAGGCAAAGGCCGCUGGUUCUGCAAAGGCAACUGUUGUACCUGAGCGAGCAACAACUCCAGCUGGUCCACCACUUCAUCAAGUGCCAAAUGACAGUCUAAAAUGCGAUAAGCAUGGAGGAGCUCGCUGUUGGAUCCCUGGUCUCAGCGAGGCCAGCCUUCUCCAGAAAUAUAGCCUCCAGCAACCCGUCCAUAUUCAUAUCACCGAUUCUGAAGUUCGAAAAUGGGUCUCUGAAAUGAAUGCUGGCAAUGCAUCGAGAAAUGGUCCAGGUAGUAUGCUUGGCCAGGAGAUUAUUAAGCGAUUUGCCAGCACUACCCAGGAGAAAAUCUUCCUGAAGAAGCAGGAGAGCAUGCUCUCACACCCCCAUAUCCCAGGCACUCCAUCCAAGUUUGAUUUCAAGCUCCCCACGGCGCCUACCCCUUUUCCUGACCGCACAUUUACAAAUAUCAAGGACAACAGCACCAUGGAAUCAUCUUCACAUUUGAAAAAGCUCAAGCUUUACUUCACCUCUCUCACACCAUGGCUCAAGGCUUGA